CCGAAGUGCCUUUCCCGGGCGGCGCCGCGUCCCGCAGAGCCGAGCGGAGCUGAGCCGCCACGAUGCCAUCGCCGUUGGAGCACGCCAUGGAGACGCUCAUGUUCACCUUCCACAAGUACGCGGGGGACAAGAACCACCUCAGCAAGGAGGAGCUGCGCGCCCUCAUGGACAGCGAGCUGCCCGGCUUCCUCCAGAACCAGCGGGACCCCAUGGCCCUGGACAAGAUCAUGAAGGACCUGGACCAGUGCCGGGACGGGAAGGUGGGCUUCCAGGGCUUCUUCUCGCUGGUGGCCGGGCUGACCAUCGCCUGCAACGACUACUUCGUGGUGCAUAUGAAGCAGAAGGGCAGGAAGUGAGGGGAGCACUCAGGGGGGCUGCUAUGACCUCCCCAGGGGCCGCCCCCCACCCCUGGGUGCUGCCCUGACCCCCAUGGGUGCUGCCCCCCCACUCCAGUAAAGCUGUUUUCUAGUA